GCACACAGAAUGUCUCUAGCAUGACAGGCACGGAGAUUGCACCUGCUUUUUGACCAUGAAGGAGACAGACCGUGAGGCUGUUGCGACUGCAGUCCAGCGGGUUGCUGGGAUGCUUCAGCGCCCGGACCAGCUGGACAAAGUGGAGCAGUAUCGCAGAAGAGAGGCACGGAAGAAGGCCUCCGUGGAGGCCAGACUGAAGGCCGCAAUCCAGUCACAGCUGGACGGCGUGCGCACGGGCCUCAGCCAGCUCCACAGCGCCCUGAAGGACGUCGGAGACAUCCAGCGCUCGCUGGCCGACGUCAGCAAGGACUGGCGGCGGAGCAUCAACACCAUCGAGAGCCUGCGGGACGUGAAGGACGCCGUGGUGCAGCACAGCCAGCUGGCCGCGGCCGUGGAGAACCUCAAGAACAUCUUCUCAGUGCCUGAGAUCGUGAGGGAGACGCAGGACCUGAUUGAACAGGGGGCGCUCCUGCAAGCCCACCGGAAGCUCAUGGACCUGGAGUGCUCCCGAGACGGGCUGAUGUACGAGCAGUACCGCAUGGACAGCGGGAACACACGUGACAUGACCCUCAUCCACGGCUACUUCGGCAGCACGCAGGGGCUCUCCGACGAGCUGGCCAAGCAGCUGUGGAUGGUGCUGCAGAGGUCGCUGGUCACCGUCCGCCGCGACCCCACCUUGCUGGUCUCGGUCGUCAGGAUCAUUGAAAGGGAAGAAAAAAUCGACAGGCGUAUACUUGACAGAAAAAAGCAAACCGGUUUUGUUCCUCCCGGGAGGCCCAAAAAUUGGAAAGAGAAAAUGUUUGCCAUCCUGGAGAGAACCGUGACCACUAGAAUCGAGGGCACACAGGCCGACACCCGGGAGUCGGACAAGAUGUGGCUCGUCCGCCACCUGGAAAUCAUACGGAAGUACGUCCUGGAUGACCUCAUCGUUGCCAAAAACCUGAUGGUUCAGUGUUUUCCACCCCAUUAUGAGAUCUUUAAAAACCUCCUGAACAUGUACCACCAAGCCCUGAGCACACGCAUGCAGGAGCUGGCGUCAGAGGACCUGGAAGCCAACGAGAUCGUGAGCCUCCUGACGUGGGUGCUGAACACUUACACGAGCGUGGAGAUGAUGGGGAACGUGGAGCUGGCCCCAGAAGUGGACGUCAGCACCCUGGAGCCUCUGCUGUCCCCACACGUGGUCUCUGAGCUGCUCGACACGUACAUGUCCACGCUCACUUCCAACAUCAUUGCCUGGCUGCGCAAAGCACUAGAAACAGAUAAGAAAGACUGGGCCAAGGAGACGGAGCCUGAGGCCGACCAGGACGGGUACUACCAGACGACGCUCCCCGCCAUCGUCUUCCAGAUGUUUGAACAGAAUCUUCAAGUUGCUGCUCAGAUAAGUGAAGAUUUGAAAACAAAGGUACUAGUUUUGUGUCUUCAGCAAAUGAAUUCUUUCCUAAGUAGGUACAAGGAGGAGGCGCAGCUCUACAGGGAGGAGCACCUGCGGGACCGGCAGCGGCCGCACUGCUACGUGCAGUACAUGAUCGCCAUCGUCAACAACUGCCAGACCUUCAAAGAAUCCAUAGUCAGUUUGAAGAGGAAGUACUUAAAGAAUGAAGAGGAGGGCGUGUCUCUGAGCCAGCCGCACAUGGACGGGGUCCUGGACGCCAUCGCCAAGGAGGGCUGCGGCGGCCUGCUCGAGGAGGUCUUCUUGGACCUGGAGCAACACCUGAACGAGCUGAUGACGAAGAAGUGGCUGCUGGGGUCGAGCGCGGUGGACAUCAUCUGCGUCACCGUGGAGGACUAUUUCAACGAUUUCGCCAAAGUUAAGAAGCCGUAUAAGAAGAGGAUGACGGCCGAGGCGCACCGGCGCGUGGUGGUGGAGUACCUGCGGGCCGUCAUGCAGAAGCGCAUUUCCUUCCGGAGCCCUGAGGAGCGCAAGGAGGGCGCCGAGAAGAUGGUCAGGGAGGCAGAGCAGCUCCGCUUCCUGUUCCGGAAGCUGGCUUCGGGGUUUGGUGAAGACAUGGAUGGUCACUGCGACACCAUCGUGGCCGUGGCAGAAGUGAUCAAGCUGACAGACCCUUCCCUGCUCUACCUGGAAGUCUCGACUCUGGUCAGCAAAUACCCAGACAUCAGAGAGGAGCACAUCGGCGCACUGCUGGCCGUGCGCGGGGACGCCAGCCGGGACAUGAAGCAGACCAUCGUCGAGACCCUGGAGCAGGGCGCCACCCAGGCGAGUCCCAGCUACGUGCCGCUCUUCAGGGACAUUGCGGUGCCCAGUCUGAACGUGGCCAAGCUGCUCAAGUAGGCGUCUGCCCAGCCCCGAGGGAGUCGCUCUCCAGGCGCCACGCACGAGGGUCCCGCUUCCUUGCGCCUGUCUCUUCUGGCACCAGAACGUGUUGUCCGAGGUGUGCGUGGAGUGACAUCCUGGUGGCCGUGGUGCCAGAGGCUCCCUCAUCUUUGUUUGACAGUCCUUUGAGAGCAGGAUUCUGCUGUCAAGCCCCCGUGGCUGCCGGGGAGGGAGCAGGCGCAGUCCUGCCUGCACAGACACCCUGACGCCUGCUGUCGUUAAAGUCUCACCCUCCCCAGAGAGGCGCGUGCGAGGUGGUUUCUCUUCUGCAGUGAGGUUUUCUGACCAGUGACGAUCUGGCAGUGCCCAGAAACUGCUCGUAGGUCGUCAGCUAUGGAACUGAAAACUGUCCCUCAGCCCGGCGGGGCAGGCCCUGUCCUGUGCCAUCCUGGCUUCGCCCGUCCUGCCCGGCUGCCCCUGGGCUCCCUCCUCAGCCCGGACAGGCGGGAAACCCGCCAGCUGCGCACACCUCCCCGGGCCACAGGCCUCUGGCGCUGGGCAGUGCCGGCCGGUCGUCUGCGUGGCGGACCAGCCCCGGCGUGAGUGUCGAUUCCGUGAAAGCGUGUGUGAAAGCGAAUGUUUGUUGGGAAUACGUUUCGAGAUCUGCGGGUCGUGCAUAUUGUUGACCCAGAAUCCCUUAAACGCUUUCCUGCAACUCGGCCGUCUGUGCAGCUGCUGCCUUCCGCGGCAGCAUCGUUUUGCGCCUUCAUCUCUCAUUUCACAGGAAGCUGCUGGCGAGAGUUACGCCCAGAAUGAGCAGCGCCCACGUGUCCUGCGGCCCCUGCUCACGCCCGUCUCCGGGCAGCCUGUGGCACAGGGCGCUGACCUCUCUGCCCCGGCUCUCCUGUGUGCACAGGUCGUCCCCACUCUCGGGGCCCAGGGCCUCGCUGGAUCGGAGGGGGGGCGUCGAGCCCUGUGUGGACAUGCACUUCGUCUUCUCUCAAGACAUCUUCAAGAUGGCAAGGUUGACAUUUGGCUUUUAUUUCAUCCUCACAGGAUGUGAAAAAUUCACAAAUAGGACUGUUUCUUGAAAGACUCAAAACCUAGAGUUUUUUCCUGGCAGGGGACAUGGCUGUUUAAGCCUGAAUCCAAUUACAGCCCAGAGCUGUAGGAAGAAAAAGCCGCAAGUUGCCGCUCUGCGGUGCGGGCCACCACCCGCGGGGGUGCAGCCACGGCCGACGCAGGGCCCUGUAGGGGACCCAGGGCGGGGGCCUUCUCCACCUGGGCAUGUCGGAGGGACUCAGUUCCGCUGACAGUCAGCGUCUGUCUCACGCCAGAGCAGGACGUGCGGAGGCUCCAUGGCCGCGGCCAGCGCGGCGCUGGGCUGGGGGUGGGGUGGGGGCUUCCAUGUCCAGGAGACUGGAUUGUGAGAAGGGGCCAGUUUACUAAGAGUUGGGUGGAUUAUCUGUGGGGACGCGUAGACAACCACCCUGUCUCCCCCUCUUCUGCCAAAAAAAUCCAAACUGUAACAAAACCCAGCAACAAACCCCACAGCCACACUGGCCCUGGGGUCCGUCUCUGUAGAAAGACCAGUGUGCGCCCUUUUCUCAUUGUCGUUCACGAUCUGGCUGCCCCGCAAAUCGGAACUGGCUGGGCGUGAAAGGGGUGCCGGGCAAAUCGAGUUUGGCGGAACUGCCGGAAAAGAAGGCAUCGGGCUUGGUUCCGCCUCUCCGCUGGAGGUGGGGGUGGUUCCUUGCAGAGUGAGAUCUGCUGCCCAGGGGCCGACCCGGCUCCCAGAACAAGAGGUGGGGAGCGUCGGGGGCACAGCCGAGGCCAACGUGAGCAGGGACACAGGGAAGAGGUGGGGAACUAGGUCUGGAGAAGUGUGGGAGACAGAAGACUCCACCGUCGGCAGCAUCUAAGGUCCAGGAAUUGCACCUGCUCCGCGAGAAAGGAAGGAGGCAGCAGGGAGCAGUAAGGGACAGAAGCCAGGUCAGGUCGGAAGCUUCAGAAGUCCGAGGGAUCCGGAAUGUUGUGUGUUCGUGGCGGAAGAGCGGAAGCCCAGUGCUGUGUUCAGGCAGGAACAGGCUUUUGCCCCGGAAUCCACGGAGGAGCCGUGACCAUCCCGUGGGAGGCAGGUGGUGGGUGUAGACGCCCACUGCAGUGACUGGCCCGGUUCCUGUGCGGGGCUCCCCUGAGCAAAUGGGGUGGGGGAGGUGCAGACACCCUCAAAAAAGCCUGAAUAGAGUUAAGUAAAUAAAAAUUAGAUAACAGUUGUCGUAUUAUUGGCUAAGAAGAGAUGUGGUCUUUCUACAGAUACUUAAUGUGCUGUCUCCUAAUGUACAUGUUAAUCUAGUUCCCUACUUAACGAUAUUGCCUUGAAUAUGUGUGGCAUAUAGUAAG